AUGGGGAAUAAUACAGAGGUGAAAGAAUUUAUCCUGAUGGGACUAACCAAUGCCCCAGAACUGCAGGUCCCACUCUUUAUAAUAUUUACCCUCAUCUACCUAAUCACUCUAAUUUGGAACCUGGGCCUGAUCAUGGUGAUCCUGCUGGCCUCUCAUCUCCACACUCCAAUGUACUUUUUUCUCACUAACUUGUCUCUAGUGGACUUUUGUUAUUCCUCAACAGUCACUCCAAAGGUGAUAGCUGGGUUCCUUAUCAGAGACAAAGUCAUCUCCUACAAUGCAUGUGCUGCUCAGAUGUUCUUUUUUGUAGUCUUUGCCACUGUGGAAAGUUACCUCUUGGCCUCUAUGGCCUAUGACCGCUACACAGCGGUUUGUAAACCCCUACAUUAUACCACUAUGAUGACGACAACUCUGUGUACUCAUAUGACCAUAUGUUCUUAUGUCUUUGGUUUUCUUACUGCUGCUGUCCACGUUGGAGACACAUUCUGUCUCUCUUUUUGUAUGCCCAAUGUGGUCCAUCACUUUUUCUGUGAUAUUCUAGCAGUCAUGGUUCUCUCUUGCUCUGAUAGACAUGUUAGUGAGCUGGUUCUUGUUUACAUGGUGAGCUUCAACAACUUUUUUGCUCUCCUGGUUAUCUUGAUAUCUUGUGUAUUCAUAUUUAUCACCAUCCUAAAGAUGCACUCAGCUGCAGGAUAUCAGAAGGCUAUAUCCACAUGUGCCUCCCACCUCACUGCAGUCUCUAUCUUCUAUGGAACUAUUAUCUUCAUGUACUUAAAGCCCAGCUCCAGUCAUUCUAUGGACAUAGAUAAAAUUGCAUCUGUGUUCUAUACUAUGCUCAUCCCCAUGCUGAACCCUGUGGUCUAUAGCCUGAGGAACAAAGAGGUCAAGAAUGCAUUCAAGAAGGCUGCAGAGAAGGCAAAAUAUCCUCUAGGUUUAGUCUUUUAA